UUCUGUCGCAGUCGUCCAAAUUGUCAAAUAAACGAAGGAAAAUUUUUGUUUUUUAGCAAAAAAUUUCUUAAUUUCCUUAAUUUUUCUUUCAUAGUUAUCAUAUUUAUACGACAUAAUAAUUAACCUCGUUUCAUGUGAAAUUUAUCAUUUAACUUAUUUAGAGCUAAAAUCAUUCAUUAAUCACUUCAAAUAAACUGCACAAAAUUGAAGAUGGACACUGAAAAGUCUAGCAACAGCUCAUUUGAGGAUCUCUCAAAUUUAAAUGAGGCUGAAAUGAAACAAAUGAAAGAAGAAGUUGCUGCUGACGAACCCAAAAUUGAUCCAUACCGUAUUGUUGAUUUGCUCGGCAAUGGACAGCUCAUUAAAAAGACAUUGAAGACAUCCGAUAAUCCCAUAAGUCCGCAACGUGGAGAAUUAAUUAAAGUCAGUUUCACGGGUAAAUUGGACGAUGGAACGAUUGUUGAGAAUGUUGAAAAUGCAUUUUAUCAUGUUGGUGAUUUUGAGGUAUGUCAAGGUUUAGAUAUGGCUAUACCAAUGAUGUUGGUUGGAGAAGUAGCCGAAGUUAGUGUUGAUCCUAGAUUUGCCUAUGGACCGAUUGGAUUGAAAAAUGAAGAAAAGCCUGAACUUUCAAUUCCACCAGAUGCAAAGAUCACUUAUGAAGUUCACUUAUUGGAUGCUAAACUUGAAGAACAUGCAGAUCUUAAGACUUUUGAAAUUCGUAAAAAUUAUGGAAAUCGCAAAAAGGAAAGAGCAAACUUUUGGUACAAUCGCAACGAGUUCAAUAUUGCAAUUCAACUCUAUCGUCGUGCUCUUGAGUACUUAGAUGACAGAGAUGGUGAUCCAGAUGCUAAUAUUGAUACUGAAGACUUAGAACUAUCAAAUGGUGAUUUACAAAGCAUUUUGGAUGAUAGACUGGUUGUUUAUAAUAAUUUGGCAAUGGCACAAAUCAAGAUCUCGGCAUAUGAUGCUGCACUUGCUUCAGUUGAACAUGUUUUAAGAUGUCAACCUAACAAUCAUAAGGCUUUAUACAGAAAAGGAAGGAUUUUAGAAGGCAAGGGUGACACUAAGGGAGCCAUCAGUUUAUUACAAAAAGCAGCUACGUUAGAACCAGAUAGCAGGACUAUCCAACAGGAUCUUGCAAAGCUGAUUAUCAAAGCACGUCGCGAAGAACACAACGAAAAGGAAAUGUACCAAAAAAUGUUGGGUCAUGCCAAAAAGCUAGAACAGAACAGCAAACAGCCCCUUAAACGGGCUAAUCCAGAAAGUUCAAAGUUGAAAGUUCUUGGCUAUCUUAUGGGAUCUAUUCUGAUUGGUGUUGCCGGUGUAGCCAUGUACCGAUAUAAAUACUAAAAAAAAAACAAGCAAUUCUAAUUGUUUUGCCUUAUUUAUUUUUCUCUUCCAUUUUUUUUUUAUUAUUAUUAUUCUUAAUGCUUAAACUUCCGAAAUGUAUUUAAAAAAAAAAUUCUUAUAAAUCAAGAAAAGGCAAGGCUUUCGCAUUCCAUCGGAAUAUUUAUUUUCCAAAUUGGUUUGCAUUGAUCAAAAUAGAUAAAUUAUACGAUUAUAUAUUUUUGUUGUUAUGAUCUAUCUAUAAUGACAAUUAUUUAUGUUAAUAUUUCCGUCUCCGCAAUACAAUUAGUUGAUUGUAAAAGUUAAAAAAAAAAAAACAAAAUAUUAUUAAAUAUGUAUUUUGUACCUUUCUUUUAUAAUAUUUUAUCCUUAAAGAUAUCAUUCCAAGACAGAUAAAUUGGAAAAUAAAUAAUGUUUAGUUUUCCACUGGUAAUGGACAGGUUCAUAGUUAAAUAAAAAAAGGAAAAAAAAAAACAAAUGAAAAGAAAUUUGAAA